AUGGAUCCCAAUCCAUUCCCUCCACCUGCAAGAGGCAGAAGAGGCAUAAGGGGGAACAACCCUUUUGCUAACAAUUAUAGGAACAUGCUGGGGGCAAAUUGGAGGAAUCAUCUAGAUCUAGAAGAACAGGAAGAACACAGGGAGGAAGCUCUGCUCAAGCCAUAUAGGGCAGAGCCCAGGAUUGAUCACGUCCAGCCAGAACAGGGACAAAAUCUGCACCUUGUCAAUGCUUUGAAUGACAUGGGGGCAUUACAAAGAAUGAUCAGAGAGAUGAUGGAGCCUGAAGCCAGAAGAGGAGAGAGGCCCACCUAUAGAAAGCCAUACCCGUCUUAUAUCGAUCAGAUACCUCUAUCACCAAGCUUUAAGGUGCCAAACUUCACCUUGUUCAAUGGAGAGGAUCCCCAUGCUUCAUCAGUAGAGCAUAUAAGCAGGUUCUUUGUCCAGUGUAUAGCCAUAGAAAAUAACCCUCUGUUAAAGCUAAGGCUUUUUGGAAAUUCUCUCUCCGGACAAGCUUUCACCUGGUUCAAGAAGCACAAAAUGAAAUGCCGGAUCCCUAUGGAAGAAAGAUACUUCAUCCAGAUGGCUCAAGUUGCCCUCAAAAUAUCUCUGAGAAAAAGAUUUGAUGGGAUGUUGUUCGGAGAUCUGGCAGAACUGACAGAUAAAGCAUCCAAAUACGAGGAGCUUCUUAGGGAAGAACAACAGAAGAGGAACUCCUCCAAAGGCACGUAUUACAAGUCCCCUUCUUCUUCAAUACAUAUGGCUCUUACAAAGCCACCAAAGGAUCAGAAGCCACCACCAUUGACAGGAGGGUUUGUCCCAAACAAGCCAACCCAGAACAAGGUCUAUUCCUUCAAUCUGACCAAGGUGGAUGCAUUGUUUGAUGAGAUAUUGCUGCAUAAAGCAAUAGAGACACCCCACAGCCGAGUUAGAAGUAGUCCUAAACAGGCAGAAUCAGCCCACACCGAGUGUUUUGACAGGAUUGGAACCUCAUCCCGAGAUAAAGCUAGACAGAAGGACUAUCUUAGGCCUACCCAGCGCAGCAGGAGGAUGACAGAGCACCCCAAGAAGGAAAUACCAAUCAAGAUGCCCGGGAAUGAAAAACCUUUGCCAGCUACCAUAGAAGGCAGAUGGUAUUCUGUCAGAAAAAGUGGUAGACCAACUCUGGAGUUGACCAGAACUCAGAAGAGGAGGGUCCAAAGGCAGUACUGCACAUUCCUCAAGAACAAGAGUGAUGCACAGGUAUUUCCAGAGACCAGUUCUGCCAGAAAAGGGAAAAAUCCGGAAGUAUUUCCUCGGGCAGAACAAACAUCGCAACCACAGAAGCUGGUAAAAGCAGAGUCUUCAGGCAAGCCUUUUAUCCAUCCUACCUCAUCCUCAGUCAAUCAGCUUAAACCUUCACAAGCACAAGAUGACCAGAAUGGACUCCUCAAAGCAGAAGAACAGGAAGACUGGACCGAAGAAUAUAGGGAAGAACAGAUGGAAUAUGAUGGAGAACUGGAUGAAGAAACUGAGGCUUUUGGUGCAGAACUAGAAAGUCUGUUACAAGGUGAUCUAGGCAUCAACAUGGUGUUCAUUUAG